AUGACGUACAACGACUCUCCAUGGCACCGAAAUAAUUGUCCCUCUGAGGACAGUUGUGUUGAGGAGGAGAUCGAGGAGGAAAUUGAGGAGGAAAUUGAGGAGGAAAUCCUGGAGGAAAUCCUGGAGGAAAUCCUGGAGGAAAUCCUGGAGGAAAUCCUGGAGGAAAUCCUGGAGGAAACCAUGGAGGAGGUGCAGGAAACCAAGGAGUUUGCAAACAAGGUGGAGGAGGAAGUUGAGGAGGAUCAAGAGUUUGUAUACUCAGUGGAUGAAGACUUCGAAGAGUCAUUGGACCUUCAUGAUGAGGAAGAGUCCGAAAUUAAAGAAAUGUCUGACCUAGAUGAGACAGAGUCAGAAAUCGAAGAGAUUUUGGAAUUUGCAGCAGACACAGAGUCUGAAAACGAAGACAUGUUUGACUUAAUUGAUGAAAAACAUGUCAUCUCCGGCAACAGAGAAAACGACAGCGACACUUCCUUUGCUGAGACAGAGGAAGACAUUGCAGAGUUGCCUGAACUAGAUGAGACAGAGUCUGAAAACGAAGAGAUUUUGGACUUUAAUGAUGAGAAACCGUCGGAAGUUGAGGAGGAUCAAGAGUUUGUAUACUCGGUGGAUGAAGACUUCGAAGAUUCAUUGGGCCUUCAUGAUGAGGAAGAGUCCGAAAUUAAAGAAAUGUCUGACCUAGAUGAGACAGAGUCUGAAAACGAAGACAUUUUGGACUUGAAUGAUCAGAAACAGUCUGAAAUCAACGAGAUUGCGAACUUUGAAGAUAAGACAGAGUCAGAAAUCGAAGAGAUUCUUGAGUUUGUUGAGGAGGUGGAGGAAGAUAUUAAGGAGCAGACCUCCAUCUCCGGCAACAGAGAAAACUACAGCGACACUUCCUUUGCUGAGACAGAGGACUCUGAAAGAUCUGAGAGAUCUGACAAAUCAUCUGCGAGAAAUACGAGAUCUGACAAAUCCUCUGGCCUUCAGGAAGCCCUGGAUGAGGAGAGAAAAGCCAGAGCUGCUCUUGAAGAGGCUUUGAUGAAGGAGAAAACAUCUACAGCUCAGCACAAAGCAGCCCUGAAGGACGAGCAAAAAGAAAAAGACGCUCUUGCAAAGGCUCUGAAGUAUGAGCAAGAUGAAAGUAAUUCCCUUCGUGACAGAAUAAAGCUCAUAAACGCUGCUCUGAAACAGUCACAAAAAGAGCCGCAGCGUGGCGAAACAAAGCUGAAAAACAGAAUCACUAUAAUGACUUCUGAGCGUGAAGAAGACAAGAAGCUGAUUGAGAAGCUCCAGAUAGAUCAGCAUGCAUCCUCCAGCCAGCACCAAAGAGACACCUCACUGCUGAUGGUGUUGAACACGGCCUCAGUUACAGCAAUAAAGGACCGCCUCACUGAGCUGCAGGAGGGAAGUCUGAAAAAAGACAAACACAUAGAAUCCCUGCACUCAAAUGUCCUGAAUCUCCAAAGCGACAUUGUAGCCAAGGUCAGCAUUGUUACCUCACUACAGGAGAGAGUGAGCAAGUGUGCCUCAGACCUCACAGAGGAGCAAACAAAAAGCAGCUCACUGCAGAGGGACUACGAGGCGGCCGUCUCUCAGCAGAAGAAGGAAGCAGAAGAACUGGCCCGUCUGACUCGGGGGAACCAACACCUCGCCUAUGAGAACAAGAGACUGCAAAGUGAAGAGAAGAAGCUUCAGGGCGACAGAGGAGCUUGCAGGAGACUGGAGGAGGCCAUUAAGAAGGAGGAGGCUCGUUUCUCCAGAGCCUCAAAGAAGAUUCAGAGCCAAGAGAAAGAGCUGUCUGAGAAGACCCUGGCUUUGGAGGGACUGCAGAGGGACUACAAGGCUGCUGUCUCUCAGCAGAAGAAGGAAGCAGAAGAACUGGCCCGUCUGACUCGGGGGAACCAACACCUCGCCUGUGAGAACAAAAGACUGCAAAGUGAAGAGAAGAAGCUUCAGGGCGACAGAGGAGCUUGCAGGAGACUGGAGGAGGCCAUUAAGAAGGAGGAGGCUCGUUUCUCCAGAGCCUCAAAGAAGAUUCAGAGCCAAGAGAAAGAGCUGUCUCAGAAGACCCUGGCUUUGGAGGGACUGCAGAGGGACUACAAGGCUGCUGUCUCUCAGCAGAAGAAGGAAGCAGAAGAACUGGCCCGUCUGACUCGGGGGAACCAACACCUCGCCUGUGAGAACAAAAGACUGCAAAGUGAACUGGCUACUCUCAAUAAGCAGCACAUUGAAGAGAAGAAGCUUCACGGCGACAGAGGAGCUUCCAGCAGACUGGAAGAGGCCAUUAAGAAGGAGGAUGCUCGUUUCUCCAGAGCCUCAAAGAAGAUCCAGAGCCAAGAGAAAGAGCUGGCUGAGAAGACCCUGGCUUUGGAAAAGAGCCUGACAGCCGAGAAACUCCUAAAGUUGUCUCUAAAAAGUGAGAAGAAGCGAUUUGAGAGGAUGGUUGGAAAGCAGGCGUCAGCUGGACCUCCUUCAAUCCUCACUCAACAACUGAGAGAAGCAUCUGCGUACGACAUGCAGACAUUAAGGAGGGAGAAUGCUGACAACAGGGCUAAGUUCCUUGUCCUGGAGAGAGAAUAUGACAGAGAAAGAUGUGAUCUCCGCUCUCUCUCUGCGGGCCAAGAAGAGAUGCUGUCAAGGAAAAAUGAUAGCAUUUCUGAAAAUCAGUUUACCAUCACUAAUCUACAGUGCAUUGUAAAUGAGCUCAAAGCAAAGGAGUCAAAGAUCAAGAUGAGACAGGCCGAUCUGGAAGAAGCCCUCAAACAGGAAAAGACAAGAAACUCUGAGCUGCACCUUACUGUUGAUCAGAUCUCCUCCAGUUUGGAAAAAGAAAGGACCAGGUGUGAGAAGCACCGCGACGAGCUUCAAGAAGCUUUGAAGAAGCAGAUCACAACUCUGGAGGAAAACAACAAAUUGACCUUGUCUCUGCAGAAGGCUCAGGAAACCUUCCCCAGGCUUCAGGAAAAACAACGUGCAGAGACAAACUACAACUUUGGAAACAUCAGUGACACCGAGUUCAGGCUCAGGGAGCAGAAACAUUCCCUGGAUGAGAGCAAUAAGGCGCUGUACCACCUGCAGCAGGAGUACACCAAUCUGGGGAGGAGGCACUGCGACAUCAACGCUGAGUAUCGUGAGCUGCUCAGGACUCACACCACCCUCCAGCUCAAACAUGAGAGGCUCAGCAAUGCUCAAGGAAACCCACGCCCAGACUUCAGUCCAUAUCUCUUCCAGUCAAAUUGUACAGCACACUAG